CAUCAAAAAUUUAUGAAUAUAAUGGAAGAUAGCAAGAUCUUGUCAAAUUGGACAAACAGCAACAAACAAAAAAUGAAAUACGACUUUUCAUGUGAACUUUACAGAAUGUCUACAUAUUCGACUUUCCCCACUGGUGUACCCGUCUCAGAAAGGAGUCUUGCUCGAGCUGGUUUUUAUUACACGGGUGUGAACGACAAGGUCAAAUGCUUCUGUUGUGGUCUGAUGCUGGAUAACUGGAAACAUGGAGACAAUGCUAUCGAAAAGCAUAAACAGCUGUAUCCUAGCUGUAGCUUUGUUCAGAAUCUAAGCUCAGAUGCCAGUCUGGGAUCCACCUCUAAGAACAUUUCUCCAUUGAGAAACAGUUUUACGUGUUCAGUAUCUCCCACAUUGGAACAUAGUGGUUCUCACUCCAACCUUUCACCAAACCCUCUUAAUUCCGGAGCAGUGGAAGACAUCUCUUCAUGGAGGACUAACCCCUACAGUUAUGCUAUGAAUACUGAAGAAGCAAGGUUUCUUUCUUACAAGAUGUGGCCAUUAACCUUUUUGUCACCAUCGGAUUUGGCAAGAGCUGGCUUUUACUAUAUAGGACCUGGAGAUAGGGUAGCCUGCUUUGCUUGUGGUGGAAAACUGAGUAACUGGGAACCAAAGGAUGAUGCUAUGUCAGAACACAGGAGACAUUUUCCCAACUGUCCAUUUUUGGAAAAUUCUCUAGAAACGCUAAGGUUUAGCAUUUCAAACCUGAGCAUGCAGACACAUGCAGCUCGACUGAGAACAUUUAUUUACUGGCCACCUAGUGUUCCAGUUCAACCCGAGCAGCUUGCAAGUGCUGGUUUUUAUUACGUGGGUCGCAAUGAUGAUGUCAAAUGCUUUUGUUGUGAUGGUGGCUUGAGGUGCUGGGAAUCCGGAGAUGACCCAUGGGUAGAACAUGCCAAGUGGUUUCCAAGAUGUGAGUUCUUAAUGCGUAUGAAGGGGCAGGAGUUUGUUGAUGAGAUUCAAGCUAGAUAUCCUCAUCUUCUUGAACAGCUGCUGUCAACAUCAGACCCGCCUGGAGAUGAAAAUGUUGAUAUACCAAUCAUUCACUUUGGACCUGGAGAAAACCAUUCAGAAGAUGCUGUCAUGAUGAAUACACCCGUGGUUACAGCGGCCUUGGAAAUGGGUUUCAGUCGAAGCCUGGUAAAACAGACAGUUCAGAGUAAAAUCCUAACCUCUGGGGAGAAUUACAAAACAGUUAAUGAUAUUGUGUCAGCACUCCUUAGUGCCGAAGAUGAAAAAAGAGAAGAGGAGAAGGAAAGACAAAUGGAAGAAAUGGGCUCAGAUGACUUGUCAUUAAUUCGGAAGAAUAGAAUGGCUCUCUUUCAACAGUUGAUGUGUGUGCUUCCUAUCCUGGAUAAUCUCCUAACAGCCAAUAUAAUCAAUAAACAGGAACAUGAUAUUAUUAAACAAAAAACACAGAUACCUUUACAAGCAAGAGAACUGAUUGAUACUGUUUUAGUUAAAGGAAAUGCUGCAGCUAACAUCUUCAAAAACUGUCUAAGGGAAAUCGACUUUUCAUUAUAUAAGAACUUAUUUGUGGAAAAGAAUAUGAAAUAUAUUCCAACAGAAGAUGUGUCAGGUCUGUCAUUGGAAGAACAGUUAAGGAGGUUGCAAGAAGAGAGAACUUGUAAAGUGUGUAUGGACAAAGAAGUUUCAAUUGUAUUCAUUCCUUGUGGUCAUCUGGUAGUAUGCCAGGAAUGUGCCCCAUCUCUAAGAAAAUGUCCUAUUUGCAGGGGUAUAAUCAAGGGCACUGUUCGUACAUUUCUUUCAUAA